CAAUCUAAUACUGCUUCAAAAGCCAGCUGACAAAUUUUUUGCAACAAAAAGGAAAAUGCCCGCUGCUUCAAUGGAGGUUCCAGUUCUCUUGAGUUUUCAAUCAGCUUCUCGCAUUUCCUUUUUAACACAUUCCUCUUCAAAGCUUGUUUCUUUCAAAUCUUACUUUGGUCCCAUACGUUAUGGUUGUAAAAAAUUGAGCUGUAACUUGAGGUCUAUUGUUAAAAUUUCGAUGAGUAUAGAGAAACAAUCUAGUUCUGUAAGUGGGUACGGAAAUAACAGGGAAAAGAAUAGUGGGGUAGUGGAAGUGAUUGCCAUUGGUAGUAGGAAAGAUGCUGUGCUUGAAUUUUGCUUGGACUCGCCUUUCCAAUUGUCUUCUUUGAGAUUUUGGAAUAUUCUCAUGAAAGACACAUCAAAUGUGCAGUUACAACAAAGAUUCCUAGGACAAGAUAUUACACCAAGGAUUGUGGAAGCUGCUAUUUUCGUGCAGUCAUGUUCAAAGACUAUCAUCCUUGUGGCUGGUGCUGGAUUUGGCUUGGAUCACAUUGCAGCAAUUGACAUACUUAAAGCAAUAAGAUCUGCCAGUGGAUUUGCUGUUUCUAUCAUUUUAAAGCCUUUCAGUUUUGAAGGACAGAGGCGACUUGAUGAGGUCAAGGAUUUGGUUGGAAAACUUCAAGAGAUUACAAAUUUUUGUAUCGAUAUUGACACUGACACCUUGCUCAAAAAUGAGUUGGUAACUCUAGAUGAGGCUUUGAAAACUGCAAAUAAUGCUGCUUUACUUGCGAUGAACACAAUAUCAGUGGUCAUAAGUGAGAUGCAAAGAAAGCUUAUUGAUGCAGUGCAUGAUAAUAUGAAAGAACUUAGAGUUUCAGAAGUUUUAAAUAUUCUUGGAAAGUACAAAGAAGCAAAACUUGGAUUUGGUGCUGGUUACAAUAUCAGGACUUCAAUUUCUCAAGCUUUGUAUGAAUGCCCUUUUAUUGGUGCAGGGGUAAAGGACCUCGAUGGCAUGGUUAUAUGUGUUGUUGCUAGUUCAAAUGUUAUCAACAACAAUGAUGUGCAAGCCUUUUUGCAUACAUUCCGUCAAACUGCAGAGUACACCGAGGACGUUAUGAUAUCUGUAAUUCAUGAACCUAAUCUGGAGCCCAACCUGCUAGUCACAACUGUUGUUCUCUUGGGUCAUCUUGAAGAACAAACUUCGCAAAAAAGCAGCAUUUUUACUAGACUGGCACAGCAUUUCCCGUUUGUUUUCAAACUUUUGAGGAGUCAUCCUUCACAGUCAAAUGGUUCUUCCAGAGAUGAUUUCAUGGUGAUAAAUAAGAUAGAUUCCAAUGAGAUGGGAAAUAAACUAGCUUUAGAAGGCAUAUCUGGAGACUCUGAUGAUUACUCUGGAGAAAUUCAGAAAGUAGAAAACAGGAAACCCAGUGAUCUCUACUCUUUGAGUGGAUCUGAUCAAAACGAGGUUGCUUCAUUAGAUGGAACAACUGAUUCUUCCAGUUAUUAUGAUGAAAUUACUGAAGGUAUUCCUACUUUCCAUCGCGAGCCACUGAGUGGCUGGAACUUGGGUCCAGGACAUCAGCUUGCACAGGAGUGGGCCAAAGAAAGAGCAGCUGACUCAGAAGCUACUCCGGUGCUUGAUAAUCUCAGCAUCUUCUGCCUUCCUGUUGGAGUAAGGUCUUCAGAAGAGUUGAAAGAGGGUGUCAAUACCUUGUAUGCCUCAGAAUUUCCAGAAUUAAAAUCUGAAAAUGAUGUCAAAGCCCCAUCAUUUCUUAGUUCAAGUAGGUCUUGGGGUGCAUUGAGUGAUGCAAGUUUGGAAGUGAUGAGGGAAUUUUAUAACACUGCAUCUACAUUAUUAAAGGGAAAGACUGAUAUUUCUAAGAAGCAGGGAGUACUUUCUGUUCGUGCAGCUUCUAUGCUGGAAGCUGAACGAGAUUCACCAAAAAAGUGGAGUCCUAUUGUGGAGAUGCAGUACAGAGGAGGAGUUUACAAGGGGCGAUGCCAAGGAGGUCUUCCUGAAGGAAAGGGUCGUCUAAUCCUUGGUGAUAGAAGCAUUUAUGAUGGUAUUUGGCGCUAUGGUAAGAGAUCAGGUCUGGGUACAUUCUACUUCAGUAAUGGGGAUGUUUUCCAGGGAUCUUGGAGAGAUGAUCUGAUGCAUGGCAAGGGUUGGUUUUAUUUUCACACUGGAGAUCGGUGGUUUGCAAACUUUUGGAAGGGAAAGGCCAAUGGUGAAGGUCGCUUCUACUCAAAAUCUGGCAAUGUUUUCUUCGGCCAUUUUGAAGAUGGAUGGCGACAUGGCCACUUCCUUUGUAUUAAUGUUGAGGGAGCAAGGUCCAUUGAGAUCUGGAAUGAGGGUGUUCUCAUGAGCCGACAGCAGCUGGACACGGAUGCUGUUCUUGGAUAAAAUCUCUAAUCGUGUGUUCUGUUGACCAUAUCAUUUGUUUUUAUCUAAUGUGAUAUAGCCACUCCUUACUCAGAAGGUAGUAGUUUGUAUAGUCUAUGUAGACCAUGUACAUCAUUCCUUGAUAGCACACAGUCAAAUUGGGAAACAUUAGUUUUAUUGUAUAAAGUUACCCUGUAUUUAAGUUGAGCAUAUACUAAAU